AUGGAAACAGGGGAUCAAGAAAAUCCAUUUAAGGUUGAACCAACCUUCCAAUUCUGGGCCCCAUGGAUCGGACCCUACACAAGGGGCCCUGCAUGCUUGAACACUGAAUACCUUAAGAAGCAUCCAGAAAGUCUGGAGGAUCUACAGGUGGAUGACUGCAACACAGAUCUGACAGAGGAGCGCCUUAUUGACCUCCUUUGUGAGGGAAAGGCCCAAACAAUCAAACAGUUGUGCAAGGCAACCAACGUGAGCCAUCUUGGGAACAAGAUCGACUGCAUACAGCGUCUACAAAACAAGCUGCAGAACCCCACAGUCUUCAACAAGGUUCUUUCUAAGAUCUGGGGAGCAUCAGGAGGUUUGCUGGUUGCAGCAUGUCCGCAUAGGGUUGUCUAUGCUGCUAAGUUCCUUCUGAGAGGGGAAAGUCCUCGGGACUUUGUUGACAUACUACUAUCCAUGCAGUGGCAGCCGACUGUCACCAUAGCAGACAUGCCUCAAAUAAUAGCAGCACAUGGGAAUGGAAGAUGUCCUGGAAUGUUCCAACCACAUGGUGGGAGACUAGCAGAGCCAACCCCACAAAACAUUGAACUAGUGACAAGCGGCAACUUCAGGAAAGAGUUACCCUGCCUGGAGGUUGGAAAAGCUACUGUCACAGUGACUACAUCUGAAACCACAGGCGCACAUCCUGCCACUGGGAGCACCGACAAGUAUUGCCUGUUUGAUUGGCUACACCAGAACAAUUCUUCACAGGAAAGAGAGCUGCUGAGGCAAGCAUCUCUUGUACCACAGAUGAGAGGGUGGCUUGACACACAGAGUGCGGAGCAAUUAUUUAGCUCAAUAGGCAGAAGUAGAUACUUUCUGGACCAGCUGCAGCCUCAAAACCAUAUAUUCGUGGUGAGACUUACUUGGCAUUUGCAAAAUACUGCUGUCAACAAGGAGUUUGCAACAUCCAUUGGAAAAAAGUACUCCAAACUGCUUGUGAAUGUAGGUGUGGAUGGCAAAGUCACAGCAACCACAAAAGCAAGAAAGGAUUCCAUGUCCUGGACAGAGCUGGACACUGAUCCCAAGCAAAAGUAUUCCUGA